CUUUUAUAGAGUGCUGUUUGAACAAAUGAUUACAACGAGUCAGUUUCUCUCAACAAAUGAUUUAGAAGUAGACAGGCACAAGUUCCUAGACAUGAGCUCAGGUACAGCCAACGGCAGCAGUAUGGAACUGGGGGAGUGCAUCCGAAACACGGGCUUCCAUGAGGAUGACAAGACGGAGGAUGCUGUUGGUGGCGAUGAAGAGAACAGGACUUCGACGGUCAGGAUGUCCCCGGGCGGAGAGGAGGAUACCUAUACCCAAAUCAAACCUUACGCGGGAAUGCCCAAAGAGGUCCUGCUUUUAUAUUCAGGCCAAGCUCGCUACCGGCUGCCCCGGGAGAUCCUGUUCUGGCUGACCGUUGCGAGCACCUUGGCGCUGGUCGCACUGACCAUCACGGUGGUCGUUCUGUCGCCCCGUUGCCUCAGCUGGUGGCAGUCCUCUCCUGUGUACCAGAUAUACCCGCGCUCCUUCAAGGACUCAGACAGCGAUGGCAUCGGAGACCUCAAAGGCAUCGUGGAUAAAUUGGAUCACUUUCAGUACCUGAACAUCAAGGCCAUCUGGAUCAGUCCGUUCUACAAGUCCCCCAUGAAGGACUUUGGCUAUGAUGUGGAAGACUUUAGAGACAUCGAUCCACUCUUUGGCUCCAUGCAAGACUUUGAUGACCUCCUCGCUGCCAUGCAUGACAAAGGGUUGAAGUUGAUCAUGGAUUUUAUCCCUAACCAUACCAGUGACACGCACAAGUGGUUCAACCUCAGCAGUAGUGGACAUCCGCAGUACAAAGACUACUACAUCUGGACCAACUGCAAUACUACCCACGCCCCCAACAACUGGGUGAGUGUGUUUGGGAACUCCUCCUGGACAUAUGUUGAGGAGAGGCAGCAGUGUUACUACCACCAGUUCCUCAAGGAGCAGCCCGACCUCAACUUCCGCAACCCACAUGUCCGAAGAGAGAUGACUGAGAUUGUUCGUUUCUGGCUGGAGAAGGGAGUGGACGGGUUCCGUAUGGACGCUGUGAAGCACAUUCUAGAGGCCAAGCACCUGAGGGAUGAGCCCCAGGUGGACCCACAACAAGAUCCUGAUACGAUUGACACAGAGUUUGAGCUCCACCAUGACUACACCACCACCCAGUUAGGGCUGCAUGAUAUCCUGCAGGACUGGAGGGGAGAAAUGGAUGUCUACAGUAGAGAGCCAGGCCGAUACAGGUUCAUGGUAGCUGAGUCCUAUGACUAUGAGGAGACUGAGAAGACCAUGAUGUACUAUGGGACACCCUACGUCAAAGAGAGCGACUUCCCUUUCAACUUCUAUCUGAUGGACCUGCCAACUAAUCUGACUGGAACUGGGGCUCAAGGCCUGGUCAAUCUGUGGAUGGCCAACAUGCCAGUGGGGAAAUGGCCAAACUGGGUGGUUGGGAACCACGAUAAGCCUCGUAUCUCCUCCAGUGUUGGCCAGGACUACAUUAAAGUGAUCAACAUGCUACUGCUCACCCUGCCCGGCACACCCACCACUUACUACGGAGAGGAGAUAGGCAUGGUGAACAUCAAUGUGACCAUCGACGAGAUCCAGGACCCCUUUGGAAAGUUUAACCCUAAUGCCAGUCGUGACCCUCAGAGGUCCCCCAUGCAGUGGAGUGAUGGGCCGAAUGCUGGCUUCAGUGAUGCCAAUCAUACCUGGCUGCCUAUGCACCCACACCACACAACAGUCAAUGUGGAGGCUCAGCAGAAAGACAGCGGGUCAGUUCUGUCUCAGUACCGUGCCCUGAGUCUCCUGCGACAGGCCCAGCUGCCUCUCCAUCGGGGCUGGAUGUGUUACGUCUGGAGCGACGCGGACGUCUUUGCCUUUCUGAGGGAGAUAGACGGCCUGGACAAGGCCUUCCUCGUGGUGCUCAACUUUGGAGCGGACUCUGUUAUAAACCUCUCAGCCAUAACAGAGCUGCCGGAGCAGCUAACACUUCAUAUGAGCACCAAGCAGGAAAACUAUGGGAUGCCGGUGAUUAAAUCUUCAAUUUCCACGGCGCGAGGGGAGGGGCUGCUACUUGAGUACUCCACCCACGUGCGGUUCAACCCUGGCCACGCCUCCCAGUGUUUUGUCUCAGAGAAGGCCUGCUACCUGGGAGUCUUGGACAUUCUGUAUAAGUGCUGAGUACUGCAGCCUCAGAGUGGGAGGAGAAAUCACCAUGUCCUCGACAAUCAAAUGUGUUAUGAUGAGACUGGCUGUGAUUGAGUCAGUGUAUGUUCAAAUAAGUUGACUGUUUGUUCAAAAUGGUUGUUAUUUGUUGUCAUUAAAAACAGCAUUAAUGUU